AUGUCGUCGGUGGCGGCAUGCAAAUCCUCAUCGCUUGAAGACGUGUUGUCGGACUCCGAGCUCUCGCCGGCGCGUCGCCUCCGAAGGGCUGCCUCAAUCGAGCUCAAAGCUCUCUUCCGCCUCGCCGGGCCAGCCAUCGUCGCUUACCUGCUCAACAAUGUCGUCUCGACGUCUACCCAAAUCUUCUGCGGCCAUCUCGGCAACCUUCAGCUCGCCGCCGCCUCCCUCGCCAACGGCGGCAUCCAACUUUUCGCAUUUGGCGUCUUGCUGGGAAUGGCGAGCGCGGUGGAGACACUCUGCGGCCAAGCCUACGGCGCCGAGAAGCCCGAACUGCUCGGCCUAUACGCCCAACGAUCCGCCGUCCUCCUGACGGCGACCGGCGUCCUGAUCACGAUCCUCUACCUCUUCUCCAAGCCCAUCCUGACCCUGCUCGGCGAGUCGCCGGAGAUCGCCUCCGCCGCCGCCCUCUUCGUCUACGGCCUCAUCCCGCAGAUCUUCGCCUACGCCGCCAACUUCCCCAUCCAGAAGUUCCUCCAGGCGCAGAGCAUCGUGGCUCCCAGCGCGUACAUCUCACUCGCCGCCUUCGGCCUGCACCUCGUCCUCAGCUGGCUCGCCAUCUACCGGCUGGGCUGGGGCCUGCUGGGAGGCUCCCUCGUGCUCAGCUUCUCCUGGUGGGCCAUAACCUCGGCCCAGUUCGUCUACAUCGUGAUGAGCCCACGGUGCAGGGAGACGUGGACCGGGUUCAGCCCACAGGCGUUUUGUAAGCUGGGCCGGUUCGCUAAGACAUCGGCGGCUUCCGCUGUAAUGCUCUGUUUGGACGUUUGGUAUUACCAGAGUUUGGUUCUCGUUGCCGGGUUACUCCAAAAUUCCGAAAUUGCCCUUGCUUCCCUCGCCAUAUGCACAACAAUAUCAGGAUGGGUCUUCACUGUAUCAAUGGGCUUCAAUGCAGCUGCAAGCGUAAGGGUGAGCAAUGAGUUAGGGGCAGGGCAUCCGCAGUCGGCGUCGUUUGCUGUGUGGACGGUGACACUGCUCUCACUCGCCAUUGCCAUGGUGUUCGCCGUGGUUGUCAUGGCGUCGCGCCACGUCAUCAGCUACGCUUUUACCGGUGGCACCACGGUGGCUACGGCCGUCUCGGAGCUCAGUCCUUUCCUCGCCGUCACCAUCUUGCUUAAUGGGAUUCAACCAGUUUUAUGCGGAGUGGCAGUUGGGUGUGGAUGGCAAGCAUUUGUGGCCUAUGUCAAUGUUGGAUGCUAUUAUGUAGUGGGCCUUCCUUUGGGCUGCAUUUUGGGCUUCAAGUUUGAACAAGGAGUCAAGGGAAUAUGGACGGGGAUGAUUGGAGGAACUUUCAUGCAAAUGGUUAUCUUGCUGUGGGUUACUUAUCGAGCUGACUGGAAUAUAGAGGUGGAAAAGGCCAAACUCGGUAUGCAAAAAUGGGAACGUGGGAUACAAGCUUUCCGCCAAAACGAAUCUUGA